AAUUCUGCACAUAGUUCGUUGGUAUGGUUGACUGCAUCUUCUUUAAAACAAGUUCUCUUUUAUUUUUUCUUGAUGGUACAAGUAACGUUUCUCGAUAACUGUUUCUAAACGACAAGGCGGCGGCGUCUUCAUGACAAUGCCAGUGGACGAGAAGCUCUUGCAAAUACCUAGGUGAAAUUAACAGUGUUUGAACAGCGUUAACGUCUUGUCGUGUCUCGCUGACAUCUAUGCAUUUUACCAGUGCCUGAAAUCGAUAGAAAUGUUGUGGUUGACCACAUCAACGUUACUCCUGAGCCUCGUGUACACCAGCGGAAAGGCAAUUACCUGCAAAUGUUGGGACGGCUACAAACCGCAUAUUUCAAAAGAAGGCCCCGAGUGCUUUGGGGUUCAACUGAUGCACAUCAUGCCCUGUAACACGCCCAGAGCCCCCAGAUGCGUGUGUACCGGAGAAGUGAACAAUAUCCUGAAGGACAGAACGGGAACUUGGUGCUCCACCAUGAAGAACGGGAAGGAACUGAAGAGGUGGCCCUGUGAGAACACCAGGGAUUGGGACGAGUUUUUCGCAAGAUACCCGGACUUCAACUGAUCAGCUCCAUAGGUUUUUACGAUAAGAUAAUAUUAGUGGCUCUCAACUAGGACCUAUUCCUUGAAUUUAGGAGUCGAAUCUUUCGAUCUAUUUGAAGUUAACUUUGUUUUAAACCAUAAAUUUUCCUGAAAAAUACCUGAAAAUAAAUAUUUGAGUAUACAAAUG